CAGCGGCUCACAUCCGUCUUAUGAGCUCCACGGCCCUUGCCGAUGUAAAUGCGCAUUGCUCACUCCGGUGCUUGCAUUCCUUUCUUUCCGCGGCCCGAAGGUACGAGGCUACGGAGAUGGUCGUGGCCGUGAUCUGAACCGGGCCCCAAGGAUAGGAAUAGCUUCAGAGAAGUUAGCGACUGUUGGCGGCGCUUUGUGGUGCGUCUUUCUUUGGAGACUGCCGAGGGUCUUAUUGUUCCGGCAGGCUGAGAUCGAGGGACAGGGCGCUCAUCUUAUCGUCACCGUCAUCUCCAGGGUUCUUAAGAGUUCGGAUGUGCCGUUUCAGGUGACCAAGAUAUGGCUGUUCUGAAACUCGCCGAUCAGCCACCGCUUGUCCAGGCCAUCUUCAGUGGAGACCCUGACGAGAUUCGCAUGCUUAUCUACAAGUCGGAGGACAUCAAUGCACUGGACACAGAGAAGCGCACCCCACUCCAUGCAGCAGCAUUCCUCGGUGAUGCUGAGAUUACUGAGCUACUUAUCCUCUCCGGGGCUCGGGUCAACGCCAAAGACAACAUGUGGCUCACACCUCUCCAUCGGGCCGUGGCAUCACGCAGUGAGGAGGCCGUGAGCGUGCUGAUCCGCCACUCGGCCGACGUGAACGCGCGCGACAAGAACUGGCAGACGCCGCUGCACGUGGCCGCCGCCAACAAGGCCUUGCGCUGCGCCGAGCUCCUCAUCCCCCUCCUGAGCAGCGUUAACGUGUCGGACCGCGGGGGCCGCAGUGCCCUGCACCACGCCGCCCUCAACGGACACACGGAGAUGGUGAGCCUUCUGCUGGCCAAGGGGGCUAACAUCAACGCCUUUGAUAAGAGGGACAGCCGCGCUCUCCACUGGGCCGCGUACACGGGUCAUUUGGAUGUGGUGUGCUUGCUGGUGGACCAGGGGGCAGAGGUCAGCUGCAAGGACAAGCGAGGGUACACACCCCUCCACACUGCAGCCUCCAGUGGGCAGAUCUCUGUUGUCAAGCACCUGCUCAGCCUGUCUGUGGAGGUGGACGAGGCCAAUGCGUUUGGCAACACGGCGCUGCACGUGGCCUGCUUUAACGGGCAGGACGCGGUGGUCAGCGAGCUCAUCGACUUCGGCGCCAACGUGAGCCAGCCGAACAACAAGGGCUUCACCCCGUUGCACUUCGCUGCUGCCUCCACACACGGCGCCCUCUGCCUGGAGUUCCUGGUCAACAAUGGCGCCGACGUUAACGUGCAGAGCCGUGACGGGAAGAGUCCUCUCCAUAUGACGGCUGUUCACGGACGCUUCACGCGCUCCCAGACCCUCAUCCAGAACGGCGGAGAGAUAGACUGUGUGGAUAAGGAUGGCAACACUCCAUUGCACAUUGCUGCUCGUUAUGGCCACGAACUCCUUAUCAACACCUUAAUCACCAGUGGAGCUGAUUGCACCAGGAGAGGAGUUCAUGGGAUGUUCCCCCUCCAUUUGGCUGCUCUGAAUGCUCAUGCUGACUGCUGCCGGAAGCUUCUGUCCUCAGGCUUCCAGAUCGACACCCCGGACAGCCUGGGGCGGACCUGCCUGCACGCCGCCGCGGCGGGAGGCAACGUGGAGUGUGUGAAGCUACUCCUGAGCAGUGGAGCGGACCACAACCGCACAGACAGACACGAGAGGACCCCUCUCCACUACGCGGCCGCCAGCCGUCACUUUCAGUGCUUGGAGACGCUGGUUUCCUGUGGCACCUGCAUUAAUGCCACUGACCAGUGGGGGCGAUGUGCUCUACACUAUGCUGCUGCCUCUGACCUGGACAGGAGGCGACGUGUAGCCCUGGAGCCGGAGAGUCCUGGUGUGCAGGUAGAGAAAGAGAAGGAGGCAGCUCUGUGCCUUGAGUUCCUGUUGAAGAAUGGUGCGACUGCUUUACAGAGAGACAAGCAGGGUUACAACCCAGUUCACUACGCCGCUGCCUAUGGCCACAGACAGUGCCUGGAGCUGCUCCUGGUGCUUGAGGAGAGCCGUGGGGAUAACGGGGAAAGCUCUGGUACCUGGAGUCCACUGCACUUAGCUGCGUACCAUGGGCAAGCGCAGGCUUUGGAGCUGCUACUGCAGGGCCACUGUGAGGUGGAGCGGUGUGACGAGGUGGGACGCACGGCCCUGGCCCUUUCUUGCCUCCGGGGCCACGCUGACUGCACCCUCACCCUGCUCAACCACGGGGCCUCAGUCCACAGCAGGGACAUGACGUGGGGACGCACGCCUGUCCACCUCGCAGCCAUGAAUGGUCACACGUCAUGCUUGCGCCUCCUACUGGAAGACUCUGACAGUGCAGACCUGCUGGACGCAGCCGAUUCUCAGGGACGGACCCCUCUGAUGCUUGCAGUGCUGGGGGGUCACGUGGAUGCUGUUUCUCUGCUGUUGGAGAGGGAAACCAGCGUGGACACUGCGGACCACCGGGGGCUCACUGCACUUCACUUAGGGUUGCUGGGUGGCCAGGAGGAGUGUGUGCAAUGUCUGCUGGAGCAGGAGACCUCCGUCCUGCUCGGGGACUCGCGGGGCCGAACGGCGCUCCAUCUGGCUGCGGCGAGGGGCCACGCGUCCUGGCUGAGCGAACUGUUGAGCAUUGUCUGCGGUGAACCCCCGGUGCCCCAGCUUCGAGACCGGCAGGGAUACACCCCCCUCCACUGGGCCUGUUACAAUGGCCAUGAGAGCUGUGUGGAAGUGCUGCUGGAGCAGACGGGCAGUCGCUGUUUGGAUGGGAACCCCUUCACGCCCCUGCACUGUGCUGUAGUGAAUGACCACGAGGCCUGUGCCACUCUGCUGCUCGAAGCUUUGGGCUCGGAGAUAGUGACCUGCAAGGAUUCCAAGGACAGGACCCCUCUCCACGCGGCUGCGUUUGCCGGCCAUGUGGACUGUGUUCAGCUGCUCCUGGCCCACGAUGCACCCGUGGAUGCUGUGGACCAAUCGGGGCGCACCGCGCUCAUGAUGGCGGCAGAGCGCGGAGCGGUCGGCGCUGUAGAAGCUCUUCUUACCAGCGCAAGUGCGGACCUCGGCUUGACGGAUCAAAAGGGCAACACUGCGCUGCACCUCGCUUGCAGUAAUGGAAAGGAAGAAUGUGCUGUAUUAAUUCUGGAGAAUCUUCGGGAUGCAGCCCUGGUCAACACCACCAACGCAGCCCUCCAGACGCCCCUCCACCUGGCCGGCCGCGGGGGCCUGAAGCAGGUGGUGAAGGAACUGCUUUCUCGGGGAGCCAGCGUGCAGGCCGUGGAUGAGAACGGUCUUACUCCUGCUCUGGCUUGUGCUCCUAGCAGAGAAGUGGCUGACUGCCUGGCUCUCAUUCUGGCUACCAUGAUGCAUUUCUGCUCCCCUUGCAGCUCUGGAGCACCCUCCCCAGGAGACCUGCUGAGGUCCCUGCCUCGGUACCGCAAGGGUCCCCAUGGGCCCCAGAGCCCCAGGGAUCCCUCUGGCCCUUCCAGUGAGGGCACCCCCACAGAAAACGACUCUGACUCUGAGACCUUUUGACUACGACCCUACAAGGAAUCCAACCCACACCCCUCUACAGUUCUCAAAGCACUUAGACAAGUGGACCUCACUGAAGUCUCCAUGUGCGGGGACUUUCAAGAACUUAUGAUGUCUGAAGGCUGGUGUAUGCUUCUCGCAGUCACAUGAAGAUGAUCCGUCAUCACGGCUGUAGCAAAAAGAAAAAAAAAAGAGGACAUAUUGUUGGAGUUUCCCGUGCAAUAGUGUUUGUCUUUAUAAAAGAACUGGGUAUAACCCCAUAGGAAAUAGAUAACGGUUCCUCUUCCAGAGCCAAGAAACUGCAACAGCUCCUACUGUUGUGCACUGCCAUCUGCUGUCAGUGGCAUGGUACUACAUCAAACGUGGGCUUCAUUUGCUGUGAGAAGCAUAAAUCUGCCUUAACAAGAAACUCGGUACACUUACUGUGUGACGCUGAUUACACAGGGACUUUUCUGAAACCAUUUUAUAAUUCCUUGUACUCAUCUGGACUGCAAAAGACACGGUGCAGGUAACUUUUUUUUAUUCAGAGUGAAGGCUGAAAUCGCCAAAUACUGACUCAGCAUAACCACACUUAAGGUACAUUUGUAUAUAGUGUAGGUCACACCUGUGGUCUCUUUUGGAAGCACAAUGUUCAGUCUCAUUUGUUUUUAGUGAACAGUGAAUGCCUCACAAAUCCUCACUUCUGUAGUCAGGGACCAAUGAUGUUCUAGACAGACAGAAUUGUAGAGACAGAGAAUUGCAGACAGAUAAGAAAUUACAUGUUACUGCCAUAGACAGACCGGGUUACAUAUUUAAUGUUCAAAUAUUUAUAUGCAAAAAAAAAAAAAAAAAAAAAAAUCUGAUGUCAGACAAAAUAAGGUGAACGUACAUUUGAAAUCCAGUGUAAUGUGAUGUAGAACCAAUACAAAA